ACCAAGGAAGCUCAUCUCUCUCCAGAAAGAAACUCAAAAGGACAAACUUUCAAAUCUCUCAAUUUCCAACAAAACAUGGCCAUGAAAGUUGAGGUUGUCUCCACAGAGAGCAUCAAGCCUUCCUCUCCAACUCCAUCUCACCACAGGGAGUUCAAGUUCUGCCUCCUUGACCAGCUGGCUCCACCAUUUUACGUUCCAGCCGUCCUGUUCUACUCGGCUCCCGAUGACAAGGCAGUGCCGAACUCUGCCUCAGUGACAGGAAACUUGAAAGCUUCGCUCUCGCAGGCACUUUCCCUCUUCUACCCUCUAGGUGGAAGGGUGAAAGGCAAUGCUGCCAUCGAUUGCAAUGACGACGGCGCGCUCUAUUUGGAGGCGAAAGCUCACUUCGAGUUGUCUGAAGUCCUGUCAAACCCCGACAUCAAUCAGCUGCAGCAAUUCCUUCCAUUCUCUCCAUACACUAACAGUCCCAACAUUGAGGAGCAAGUCAUUGUAGGGGUCCAAGCUGCUUUCUUUGACUGUGGCAGUAUUGGGAUCGGCAUCUGUAUCUCUCACAAGAUCGCUGACGGCGCAUCGGUCUCCGCUUUCCUCAAUUCAUGGUCUGAAAUUGCUGUCAAUGGCGUCGAUGGCAAAGCCAACCUCAAAACCCCCUUCUUGAAAGCAUCUGAGCUGUUCCAACCAAAGGACAUAAACUUCCAAAUGCCAUCUGGGGUCAUCAGCAGAGAGAAGCUUUUAACCAAGAGGUUUCGUUUCGACGGCGAGAGCUUGGUCCGUCUCAGGGCCAGGUUUGUCAGUGCUACUCCUACUCGUGUCGAGGCCGUGACUGCCCUCAUAUGGAAAUCGGCCGUGGAGGCAGCAAGGAAGAGGCCGGACUGGAACAAGACGUGUCCCCCAUCAUCAGCAGUGACACAUGUGGUGAACAUAAGAAGCAGGAUAAGGCCCCAACCAUUGCCUGAGAAUGCCUUGGGCAAUCUGUGGCAGUCCAUUGUGGCACCACUCGUGGAACCAAUCGAGAAAGUUGAAUUGCAGGACUUUGCAGGCAUUCUCAGGAAAUCAAUAAGGGCAAUUGAUAGCGAAUAUUUGAGCGUGCUUCAAGGCGAGAAUGGAUUGGCCAAGGCCUGCGAGAGCCUUAUGGCGGCACGGAAGCUGGUGGCUGCGUCUGCGGGAGAGAUUGAGCUCUACAGGUUCAGCAGCUGGGCGAGGUUCCCGUUCUACGAGGUGGAUUUUGGCUGGGGAAGGCCCGCUUGGGUGUGCACCACCAGUGUUCCCAUGAAAAAUGUGGUGAUUUUGAUGGGAACUAGGUGUGGGGAUGGGAUUGAAGCAUGGAUCACCUUGGCCGAGCACGACAUGAUCGAGUUCGAGCGCAACGAUGAGUUGCUGCAGUUCAUUGCGCCAAGCCCUUGAUUAUGAGAUGCGCGAUGCAACAAUGAUGGCGAU